AUGGAUACCAGUCGAGGCAUGAGUUACAAGCUAGACGACAUUACGCCCUUGAGCAGCUUGAAGGACUGUCGAAUCAAAGUAGAUGCAAUUGUGAGCGUGAAGAAAUUUUGCUGCCUCCAACGCAACCAACAGCGGAGCCAAAAAGCUGAGAGUCAAUUUCUUCGAAACGCGUCGUGGCAGCUGAAACCGACGGAAUCAAAGGGUUCAGAGACCAAAUCGCUACGAUCGCAUUAUCUCAUGGCUGCUACAAGUCCCUCGUCGAGUACGGCGCUCACUCCAUCGCUGUCUAAUGCUUCCUGCAAUCAUUUGUUUGUAGAGGCACGCACGGAAACCUUGUAUAUGACUGAUAUCAACGAAUUCUUCAUCUGCAAACUAUGCAAAGGCUAUUAUCGAGACCCGUAUACUGCAAAAGAGUGUCUGCACACCUUCUGUCAUGGCUGUAUACGAGGGUUCUAUUUGCACACACCAUCGUGUACUUGUCCAACGUGUGACGUGGAUCUGGGUGCCAAACCAUGGACCCAAUUCAUUCCUGAUCCAGCAAUGAAAGAGCUCUCUGAAAAGUAUUUGCCAGAUUACCGUGCAGCUGAAGAAAGGGAAGAGCGAUUGUUCUACGCAAAGUUUGGUAUCAAGCGCAAACAACCUGAUACUCCAUGUAAGAAUCGCCAGAGUGCUUCAAAGCUCGGUCGUGCGCUUGGCCCGUCAUCUCCGGGACAUAUGAUUCAGUUUGAGCUGCAUCCACAGCGCAGUCCGGAUGUCCCUCUAUUUCUCCUCCUCGGCGAACUCAAGGCUCCGUGUAUGAACACGCAGUCAUUUUUCAAGGGUCAUGUAUCUGCGCAAGUACCUGGCUAA